AUGAGUGGCGGUAUUUACGGUGGAGACGAAGUCAGUGGUGUCGUGUUUGAUGCCGGUUCACAUACCUUACGUGUCGGCUUUGCGGGAGAGGAGUAUCCCAAAGGUGAUAUCCCUUCCUACGUCGCUGUUCAAGAAGUUGAAGCAGAUGAAGACGUUGAGAUGAAGGAAGGGGCUGAAUCGAACAAUGUGAAAAAGAAACGAAAUAUGUUUAUUGGAACGACAAAAAUAGUUGUUCCAAGGCCAAAGACUACGAUUCAGAGCUUUAUGAAAGAUGGGAUGAUUGAAGAUUGGGAAAUGUUUGAAAACCUCUUGGAUUACUCUUACAGUGAAGUUCUUCACAGUGAAACUCAAUAUCACCCUGCUCUGUUCACAGAAAGUGCGUGGAAUGAUAAAGCAAAACGCGAACGUUUGACAGAACUCAUGUUUGAGAAGUACAACAUUCCUGCGUUCUUUCUUUGCAAAAAUGCUGUAUUAACCGCGUUUGCAAAUGGUCGCACUAGCGGUCUCGUGGUCGACAGCGGGGCAACGCAAACCUCAGCUGUUCCCGUUUACGAUGGCUAUGCUGUCACACAUGCUGUUGUGCGAUCCCCUAUCGGAGGAGAUGUGAUCUGUGAGCAAUUACAACACAUGUUGGAUGAGCAGAACAUUGAGGUGGUGCCUAUUUAUAAAAUAGGUGGAAAGGAAGAAGUUAAUGAGAACGAGCCACCUCGUUGGACCAAGAGGAAAGGUUUACCGGAAGUCACAGAGAGUUACGACAAGUUCAUGAAGAAGCAGAUCCUCGAAGAUAUGGCAGUUUCCGUUUUGCAAUUAUGUGAUACUCCUCUUGAUGCUGAAUAUGCCGAAAAGUUGCCAUCUGCACCAUAUUCGUUCCCGAAUGGUUUUACCAAGGAGUUCCUUGCUGAGCGUAUAAAAGUCCCGGAAAGCCUUUUUGACCUCAAGUAUCUUCGUAAUAUGCCAGCAACACAGUCGACCUUACUAAAUGUGACCCAGAUAGCAACUACAGCUGCAGGAAUGUGCGACAUCGACAUACGUCCGACCUUAUACAGCGGUCUCAUGGUUACUGGCGGAAAUUCUCUCAUCCUUGGAUUCACUGAACGGCUCAAUCACGACCUGGCCCACAAAUGCCCUCCGACGAUUAAACUCCGUGUAUCCGCUGCACCCACACCCAUGGAGAGACGAUUUGGUGCUUGGAUUGGCGGUUCAAUCUUGGGAUCACUGGGAUCUUUCCAACAAAUGUGGAUUGCCAAGUCUGAGUACGAUGAGACUGGAAGAACUAUCGUGGAAAAUCGGUGCCCUUGA